UUCUGUUCAACUAAAAUGUCAAAAUACCAGUUUUCGGGGAAAUACGGGACUUGUUCGUAUCUCAGUCUGAAGCAAGUUUUCUUUGUUUACAGUUGGUUUGAAUCACUUGAAAAUCACAUUUUUAAGGACAUGGACCUCUGCCUGACACUCCUGUUGAUUUGUCUCUGCUGCCAAGGAGCCACAAACGCAGAGGUGGCAGAGGAUCAGUCAGCUCCUGUGAUCCCUCUCAUUCCUUUGAUUCCCAGUCAACCCAUAGAAAAAGAAGAAAGCAGUGAGACGUUAGAACCUGCAGCUCCCACAGAAGCAGCUGCAACCUCAAAUACCUCAAGCGAGGCAUCAGCAGAGGAAGAAUUUACGGAUGACUGUCAGUCUGUCAGUCGGAGGCCCAAGUCCCAGCAGGCCAUCACUGCUGCCAUUCAAAAACUGGGUGUGCAGCUGUUGCAAAACCUGGAGACGACGCCAGAGCAGCCAAAUAUCAUUAUAUCUCCCUUAAGCAUAUCUCUGGCCCUAUCGCAGCUGGCUUUAGGUGCAAAAAAUGAGACCGAAGAGCUGCUGAUGCAUCAUCUCCAUGAAAACACUGUUCCCUGUUACCACCAGUCUCUGCGUAAUGUUUUAGUGCAGCUCAGAAACAGAGACCUUCAAAUUGCCACACGCAUAUUUCUGCACCAAGGGACCGAAGUAAAGCCAGAGUUUUUACAUAAAUCGCAGCAGUUUUAUGACUCAGAACCAGCGGUGUUGGAGAGCCUGCAGCAGAUAAAUGAAUGGGUGGAGAAUGCAACAAACGGAAAGAUGGCUGACUUCCUGUCUUCCUUACCACCCAAUCUGCUCCUAAUGCUCAUCAAUGCUGUCCACUUUAAAGGAGAAUGGAAAGCCCGAUUUGACCCAAACUUUACCUCCAGAGGUGUGUUUUACAUUGACGAUUUGCACAUGGUGGAUGUUGAUGUGAUGGAAGAUGCCAAACAUCAGCUGAGCUUUUUUACUGAUAAUGAACUGGAGGCUCAGGUAGCAAGGUUUCCUUUUACAAAGCUGAUGAGUUUGUUGGUGAUCAUGCCUGAAUCUGGACAUGUGAAUGUUUCUUCAAUCUCUGCGAAGCUGACUAUCUCAGAUUUGUAUGAACGCCUCCCCAAAGAGACGGCUGUUCAGGUUAAAGUCCCAAAAUUCAAAUUGGAGCAGUCUCAGGAGUUAGACAGUGUUCUCAUUAAAUUAGGCCUUGAAGAGAUUUUCCUUAAUCCUAACUUGGCUGAUAUAUCAGAUGGUCCUCUGCUGGUGUCCAGCGUGAAGCACAAGUCCAGCAUGGAAAUAAAUGAAGAUGGUGCAGAAGCUGCUGCAACCACCAAUAUAGUCAUUUCUAGAGCGGCUAAUCCAGUAUUCCAUCUCAUUCAACCCUUCUUCUUUGUGCUUAUGGAUGAUGUGACUCAAAUACCAGUCUUCAUGGGUGUCAUCAACAACCCUAAUCCCGGGGCCCCUGUUCUGCAGAGAGGAUACUUUGGAAGUAAAGAUAAAGUGGGAAUGCCGUUUGACAAGGAUCACAUGGGUUCUUUUGGAGGCCCCCCUAAGUAGGGACUAAAAUAUCUCUUCCAGGGAAGCUAAAACUAAUGCAUUAACAAUUGCACAGACUAGUUCAGUCUGGAUCUAAGCUUAAAAUGGAAGCUAAAAACAAAUCAUUUAAUAUUCCCUUUAAAACUUAAAUAUUCAUUUUAAACAAUUCUGCUUCACUAGCUGACAUUUGGUGGUACAGGAAUCCAAGAAUUAAUAUAAAAUACAUGAAAAAAGUCUGCCAUUGUAAUUGAUGUUUUUAAUUUUCUGCCACAUGUAUUACUGGAUGUCAACGUUUAAUGCAAAUCUGUUGAUUGAGUGUGUUCUGCAACUUCUUUAUUUUGUUUUCCUAUGUAGGUGAAUAAAUUGAAUUGAUCUGGAACCAAU